AUGACUGGGGACCUGACGCUCAACUUCCCGGACCUCGAGCUCGCCCUCAGCAACGUCUCGGCGAUCCUCACGAGCACCCGAGACGCCCUUGCGAACUUGACCUCAACCACGAGCGACAAAGUCACCGUCACGCAGGCCGAGGGAAGGAGGCUCCAGAACAGCACGAACAGUUCCAACAGCUCCUUCCUGAAGCUCAAAUACGAGAUCGUCGAGCUACCCGUCACGGUGUUUCCAAACCAGGUGGUGCAGCAGUCGGAUGCCUUGAUCUCGAAGAUCAAUACUGGUCUUAAGGCUACCAACAUCACUGUGACGUCGGCACAGUUCCAAGCGCCACAAACGAUCACCAACACCCAGCUGUGGGACCAGAAAUAUGGAGGUGAUGGGCCUGGCUAUGGGGGUGGGCCUGGCUAUGGGGGUGGUGGGCCUGGCUAUGGCGACGACGGCGGCGGCUUUGGUGAUGGUGGCGACACCGGCGACGACGGCGGGAACCCGGAUGGUGGCGACACCGGGGACGACGGCGGGAACCCGGAUGGUGGCGACACCGGUGACGACGGCGGGAACCCGGAUGGUGGCGACACUGGUGACGACGGCGGGAACCCAGAUGGUGGCGACACUGGUGACGACGGCGGGAACCCGGAUGGUGGCGACACUGGUGACGACGGCGGGAACCCGGAUGGUGGCGACACCGGUGACGACGGCGGUGGUGGUGGUGGCAACCAUAGUAGCAACACAACUAGUGGAGGCAACGGUGACGACGGCGGUGGCGACACUGGUGACGACGGCGGGAACCCGGAUGGUGGCGACACGGGUGACGACGGCGGGAACUCGGAUGGUGGCGACACCGGCGACGACGGCGGGAACUCGGAUGGUGGCGACACCGGUGACGACGGCGGCAACCCGGAUGGUGGUACCACCAACGGCAGCAACACUACUAGUGGCGGCAACGGUGAUGACGGUGGGAACCCAGAUAGUGGUAACACCAGUGGCGGUAACAGCAGCAACACUACUAGUGGCGGCACCGGUGACGAUGGCGGAAAUUCGGAUGGUGGCGACACUGGCGACGACGACGGGAACUCGGAUGGUGGCGACAACGGCGACGACGGCGGGAACCCGGAUGGUGGCAACACCAGUGGCAACAACAGCAGCAACACAACUAGUGGUGGCAACGGUGACGAUGGCGGGAACCCGGAUGGUGGUAACACCAGUGCCAACAGCAGCAACACAUCUAACGGUGGCAACGGUGACGACGGGGAUCCAGAUGGUGGCGACGCCGGUGACGGCGGGGAUCCAGAUGGUGGCGACGCCGGUGACGGCGGGGAUCCAGAUGGUGCUGACGACGGCGGGGACCCAGAGUAG